AUGCGCGGCAUUAUCGAUGCGACCGACUGCGUGCGGACCCACACGGAGGCCGGCGACCCCGCAACUCCGGUUGCUCCUCCGUCAGUGGUCAUGUCGUCAAAGCUGCGCUGUUUGAUGCUUCAUAAAUCCAUGCAUCCCAGUCUUUUCAACGAGGACAUGGAGCUUUCCGGGAUUCCAAGACUCAAAUUCAUCUCAGAGAUUUUCUAUUUAUUUAUGGUACAGCUCUUUUACGCAAGCUGCAGUUCGGAUGCAAAAGUGCACAUCGUGUGGUUGGUGCUACCCACACCCCUGGAUGACGUAGGUCGGGAUAACAUCAUUCGAACAUUGAAAUCCGAGAAUACGGGGGAAGAGCUACACCCCUCCCCUCCCAGCCUCUCUCUCCGCCACGAAGCGGGGGCUAACAAAAGUGAUAAACAGACAAGCUUAGCAGCUUGCCCUACAGGGACGCUCAAACCACAGGACCCAAAAGCAACAAGGGCCGCCGAAGCCCGACGCGAAACCUUGGUCAUGAUCCAUGCUGCCACGCUGUUGCUGUCGACGAGAGGAUACGCAACCUCGUGGUGGUGGGGGAGUGCUAUUUUCGUCGCCUUCUUACUCCGUCCUGUCUGUCGCAUGGCGACGUGUGAAAAUGCCGCCUUGGCGUCGUGCACUUCCAUCGUCUCGCGGAAGAGACAGGGGGUCGUCGAUUCUACCCCACAAAAGAAGGUUGUUUAUGUGGGACUAUCACCAUCGGAGAAGCUCCGUCAAGCUGACGGAGCCACUCUGAGCUACGACCUACUCCUUGGGUCAACCACGCACAGAAGCGUCUUCGAAGCACCCAAUUACCUGUGUUCCGUAACGGCCCGUUCGGCCCUGAGCGACGGAGCCAAGAUCUCGUUCUCCUCCCAUACAUAUUCCAGGCCUCUAUUCGUGCUUCACUUCAAGGAUCCUCUUCUUGAUCCCUCCCUCCAGCUGGCCGAUAUGGGGUUUGCCGGACCGCAAGCCCACAACGACAUCACACCCCUCCCCCGUCCUUGGCCUGGCAGCGAUGUCACUCCCACGAUCCACCGUAAGGCUGGCGUGGCGUGGCGUGGGCUGAGGGCUGUUCCAGACGCUCGGGUCAGGUCACUGGAGCUGACCCGAGUUUGGACGUUCGGGACUUCCACGGAUUCAGGUUUCGUGUUUGUCUUCACUGCCUUUCCUUCUGCGUUGCAUUUGGUGUGGCGCCAGAAGCGGCAGUGUACAGUGCUGUGCGUCCCGCUGGCGAGCGAGUACGACUGCAACGCUGCGGUGCAACUUCUGCUAGGGCUAUACGACCAUCGCCACCGCCAUGGUUUCCGCAUGGCUCUGGUGGCGACCGCAUCGUGGCAUGCACGCGUGAGCAGGGAAGAAGAAACCCAGCACAUUCCCAACUUGAUAUACCGUCGCCACUAUCUGUCAAGAUUCGGCCCGUUCUACCACCUCGUCUGUUUAUAUUUCCUUUGGUCCGAGCCGUACCUGCAUUUUGAGACUCCAAGUAACCAACCCGGCCCUGUCUUCCCCGCGUGGUGCCGUUCACGAAAACGUGGGGAUAUACGCGACUCGGAGGCAUUACGGGGCUUGUGCAACACGGCUCCCCGCCCCGUGGCAAUGCUGCAGCGUAACAUCGUCCGGCUGACGAUGGAGAGAAAAAGAGAUGAGCUGCUUUUGCUGGAACACUCGCUGUUCGAGGGCCUCGAGCUACAGGUCAAUUGA